ACCACCAACCAACUCCCCGAUGCCAUCGCCGACGCUCUCGUAUGUAUAGUACACGUCAGAAGCAAUACUCCUGAUGAUCAACAUGGCCCUGUCGUAUGUGCCCUUCCUUCUUGCAGCCCGCGGAUGGACGGGAGGGAAGCUCCCCAGGCACAAUCAGCCUGUUUGUGCUCUUUCUUUUUUGUUUCUUCUCCUUGUCUACCCCCCUGGCAUCGCCGUCUUCCUUUUACGUACCAUGUCAUUUCUUUUCUCUGUCUACAGCCAUGCAAUGCAAUGCAAUGCGCUGCGCUGCACUGCUGGCGAAACAUUCAUGUAUGUAUGCAUGUAUGAAUGCAUCAUCGUGUGCAUCGUAGCUUUGCCAUGCUGUUGGUCUAACCCCCCAGAUUGCCAUCCGGACAGUGUUAGCUCCUCCCACAAAACGAGAGGGAGGGUACACGUAUACACAUUGGAGGGAAAUCUUGGGGGGGGGGGGAUCUCCGACCGCCAACGUGGGUGUUGGGGCGUGGGGUGGUCUCGUCUCUUGGUCGUGAUAUCGAAUCGGCAUGUCGCCCUAGCUCCGCUUCAUGUGCAACGGCCGGGGAAGCAGGAAAGCAAGGAGUGUGUUUGCCCGCUGCCCCGUCCGGAUCCUUUGAUUGAUGAUGGAUCAUGCUGGUUCUGUAACUUUCUUCUGCUCAAAGCGUCCCCUUCCGUCUUCCCCCCUUGCGAGUCAGGUUAGCCGUGUAUACUUGUAUACAGUCGCCCCAUCUAUAAAGAAAACCAGCAUCCCCCCCCUUCUCCAGUCCCCAGAAAACUCGCUCGCUCGUACAGAUUACGUUCCUCUUUUGAAACCCUCAAGUUCGCACCUGGGUUGACACUUGCACUUCUGUGACCAUUACUCGUUAGCUCCGCUGAGUCGCCAAUCAUACCUCCUCAUCAGCAAAACACCAUUGUCGCCGCCGUGUACACUGGACUGUCAGCUAGCACAAGAUACUCUUUUCGCAUUGCAUACUCAGCCCUUCCUGCAUUCAGACCGGGACAAGUCAGCUCUCGCCAUUCUGCCAGCAAUUUUAUUGCUUGUCCGAGACAACUCAUAAUAUUGGAACGCCUUCCGAAUCUUGUUCAAUCCAAUCCACACAUCGUUGACCCAGAAGCCGAGAGACACGCACGCACGCUUCUGCUCUGUACUACCGGAACCCGAAUAUUUAGCCUACUUUCCCCGGCUUCCUCCCCCAGAUUACUCCACAAUCCGCAUAUAGCUCCGGCCCCCAUCAUACCAAGUCCACCUCGUCUGCCAUUUCGUCUUGACACUUUCUGUCUUUACUUGGAAACAUCAAUCAUCACAAGACAUACGCUUUUCAACCCGCAAAAAUGCCUCUUCACCAAGUCAGCGUUUCCAACCCUCGUCAGCGCCUUUCCAUCAUCACCAACGCAUCUCUCGGACGCGACGUCUCGGCCGCUUUCCAAGCAUCGAGCACCAUGUCUUCACGCGCGACCCAGGAGUAUGGCGAGACACCAGCACCGCCGCCAUCUCCCAUCGAUUUCUCUUUCCCCUCUACGCCAGCUGAGCAACGUAGUCCUGCUGGAAGCGACUCGAAUUAGUCCCCCACCAACACCGUUUGCGACUUCUUCGAACAAGCGAAUGGUUCGAUUUCGACUUCCAUCA